AUGCCUCUGCCUUUCUUGCCUGAUAUACCACUGAGCCUUGCUCUCCCCGCAGCGGCAACGGCCUUAGCUUACCUCAACGCCAAACACUCCGUCUUCUACGAUGCGAAAUUUAUUGCGGCUGCGGCCAAGAUGAGCGUGAGGACAAGAGUAGCAGAGCGAAAGGACCAUUUGAAUAUAUUUUAUGUCCUCGAACAGAACGCCCUCUCACCAAAAACCGCUAAUCAUGAAUUCAUUGUGUACAAUGGGCAAUCAUGGACAUUUCACGAAGCUUACAUCACUGUUCUUCGUUUCGGUAACUGGUUCAAGAACGUACACAAUGUGAAAUCCAGAGAAAUUGUCGCUCUGGACUGCAUGAAUUCAUCAAGUUUUGUCUUCAUGAUACUUGGCUUGUGGAGUAUUGGAGCGAGUCCGGCGUUGAUUAAUUUCAACUUGACCAACAAACCCCUCGCUCACUCCCUUAAGGUAUCUACCGCAAGACUGGUCAUUGUUGACGAUGAAAUCCGCGAACACUUCACGCCUGAAUUGCUCGAGACAUUCGCGUCUUCAGAAUUUCGCGAUGGGAAGGGCCCAUUGCAAGUGGAAUAUUUGACUGUUGAUCUAGAAGCACAAAUAAUUAAAGAGGAGCCCGUGCGGCAAGAUGAUAAGGAGCGUGCUGGUGCUCUUCAGCGUGACAUGGCCUUCCUGAUCUACACAAGUGGUACAACUGGCCUUCCUAAACCUGCGAUUGUCAGUUGGCAAAAGUGUUGGAUUAGUGUUAUUUUUGUGGGUCACUGGAUGGGCCUCACCUCCCAAGACCGCUUUUAUACGUGUAUGCCUCUAUAUCACUCAUCGGCAGCGAUGCUCGCAUUCGUGAAUUGUAUUCAAUGCGCCUCGACACUAGUUAUCGGCCGCAGGUUUUCUGCGCGGAAUUUCAUGAGUGAGGCUCGCGAUACCAAUGCAACAAUCAUACAAUACGUCGGCGAGACUUUGCGGUAUAUCUUGGCCACACCUCCCAACAUCGACCCGGCAACCGGAGAGGAUUUGGACAAAAAGCAUAAUAUUCGCCUCGCUUUUGGCAAUGGCCUACGUCCGGAUAUUUGGAAUCGCUUUAAGCAGCGUUUCAACAUUCCUACCAUUGCCGAAUUCUAUGCUGCCACUGAAGGUACUAAUGGGUCGUGGAAUCUCUCGUCCAAUGAUUUCUCCGCCGGCGCGAUCGGACGAAAUGGUACUAUUGGAAACCUCAUUCUCAAUCGGCAUGUUACCGUCGUAGACGUGGACUGGGAGACCCAGGAACCAUGGCGCCAUCCAAAGACCGGUCUCUGCAGAAAGACCCCUCGUGGCGAUCCCGGUGAACUUCUUCUUGUUCUCGACUCUUCAGACCCAAAUGCCUCUUUCCAAGGAUACUUCAAGAACCCAGAGGCUACUGAGAAGAAGAUUUUGCGAAAUGUUCUUGUAAAGGGCGACGCUUACUUCCGUACAGGUGAUAUGGUUCGAUGGGAUAAGGAGGGGAGAUGGUAUUUUUCUGAUCGUCUGGGUGAUACAUUCCGCUGGAAGAGCGAGAAUGUCUCAACUAGCGAGGUAUCUGAGGUAAUGGGGGCUCACCCAGCCGUACACGAAGCCAACGUUUACGGCGUGGCUCUGCCCAACCAUGAUGGCCGGGCUGGAUGUGCGGCAUUGAUCACAAGUGACCAGCUUGCUAGCGGCCAAUUGACAGGGUUGGCACUGGAGCCUAGCCGUACCACACUUGAUGAUAUUGCUGCCCAUACGCUUAAGAAUUUACCACGAUAUGCCGCCCCGAUAUUCCUCCGCGUCAUGCCCGAAAUGCCAGCCACCGGUAACAUGAAGCAGCAGAAACAGGACUUGCGUACUCAGGGCGUAGACCCUGAGCAGAUCUCCAAGGACCACCGUAUUUAUUGGCUUCAAGGCAGCACCUAUGUCCCUUUUGAGCACCGAGACUGGGACAGACUCAAUGGUGGCCAGGUCCGUCUGUGA